CGCACCGCCGCCAAACUCCUGGAGAUUACGCAAGGAUCGAACCUCAAGGCUCGCGCGGUGGACGCCGUCGACGAGUUCGCCUCGCGCAUCUUCGAGGAGAUGGACUUCGUCAACGAGGAGGCCAACAUCCGCAAGUUCGACGGCCUGUACGGACCCAACGGCACCAACCGCAAGGCUCUGCCGCCGCCCGGGUACGUCCGCGUGCCGGGGCUCAUCCCUAAACUCCCGGCGACGAGGCGGGUGCUCAUCAUGGAGUGGCUCGACGGGCAGCGGGUGAUGUCGCUGGUGUCCAACCGCAAAUCGUGUUUGGACGAGGACGACGAAGUCGCCGGUCUCGAUGAAGCGGACGAGUGCGCGCCGAUGACUUGGGAGGAGAAGGAGUGCGUGCGCAAGGCGGCGUCGCUGCCCCUCAUCGAGCUCGGCAUCCGGUGCACGCUGUCGCAGCUCAUCGAGACGGGCGUCAUGCACGCAGACCCGCACGGGGGUAACCUCCUCCGCCUGAGGGAGACUGGCGAACUCGCCUACCUCGACUUUGGCCUCGUCUCCGAGAUCCCGCCCACCGUGCGCGACGGCCUCGUCGCCGCCGUGACCCUGCUCGUGUUUGACCGCGACUACGAAGCCGUCGCCGGUUUGUUUGGCGAGCUGCAGCUCGUGCCGACGGACGUCAUCGAGAACCCGUACCAGUUCGCGGCGCUCACCACCGCGCUGAGGGAGGCGGCCGAGGCGACGCUGAGUUACCCCGACGACGAGCUCGGUCUGGAACGCGGGGAGAAUGAGACGGAGGAGGAGGCUCGGCUGAGGCGAGCCAAGAGCGCCGUACCGGACGUUCGGUUCGACCAGCUCCUCGGCGCGCUGCUCGCGCUGGUGCCCAAGUACCGGUUCCUGCUCCCGCCGUACUUCCUCAACAACGCCAGGGCGUUGGGUACCCUGGAGGGCAUGGCGCGCACCGCGGAUCCCAACUUUAACAUCCUCGCCAUCGUCUACCCCUUCGCGGUGAAGCGGCUCCUGCAGAACCCCACCGGGUCUCCCGUGCUGCGCAGGGUGCUCCGGCAGCUCAUCAGCAACAAGCGCACGGGUCGGAUGUCCCUGACCCGCCUGAAGCUCAUGGUCGAGGACGCCGCCGCGUUGACGGGCGUGUCCAGGAUGGCCAUCAUCGCGUCCGCCAUGAAGACCACCGCGGGAUGGAGGCUCGCCGUGGAGUCCGUCUUCGCGGGGGCGUUUUGGUGCGUCGGCAGAUGCGUCAGCGCCGUCUUCUUCGUGACGGGGAUCACCGCGGUCCGGAACGCGUGGGGCCGGUUCAUCUACAGGCUCAACCGGGAUAUCGACGACGAGGAGAGGACCCCGGCGAGGGUCGGGAGCGUGUUCUGACUGGAUCGACCGGGCGGGUUGGCGCGACGCGAAUGAAGCGUGCGCUCGUGUAGUCUCCUUGUGUUGUUCACCCUCAAAGAUUCACGUUUC